AUGGCGUCGGGCGCCGUGCUCCUUGUUCCCUGCAGGCAGACGACAACAGGAGAGCGAGGCAUCCUGUCUGUCCUCGAGCUGAGCUGUCGCGCCCACCCCAAACAUGCGGCUGCAGGGAGCGCCGCCCUUGUGAAACGUAUCGGCGCCGGCUCCACGCUGCUCUCCCGCUUCACGCCCCUCAUUCUCAAGAGACAGGGAACAUGCUCUGCCGGCAAGACAAACCCCUGCCAAUUCUUCUCCACUCCCGCGCAUAUAAAUGGACGUGCCGAGGAGCAGCGACUCCACACCUCAACCACACACACUGCAGCUUCCACUUCCAGUCUCCUGCCGCCCACACACACUCAUCGUCCAAGGGUGGGUAGGGUUGCGAUCUGGAUCGCGUGUGUGCUGCUCCUGGCGGUGACAUGCCAGGGGAAGGGGGCGCCGGGGCACAGGGUGAGGGUCGGGUACUACAACCGCAAGUGCCCCGCGGCGGAGAUCAUCGUCAGGGCCGUCGUCGGCAAGGCCGUCUCCCGGAACCCCGGCCUCGGCGCCGGCAUCAUUCGCAUGGCCUUCCACGACUGCUUCGUCCAGGGCUGUGACGCGUCGGUGCUGCUGGACCCGACGCCGGCGAACCCGCGGCCGGAGAAGCUCGGCCCGCCCAACUUCCCCAGUCUGCGCGGCUUCGAGGUGAUCGACGCGGCCAAGGCGGUCCUCGAGAGGGUCUGCCCUAGAGUCGUCUCCUGCGCCGACGUCAUCGCCUUCGCCGCACGCGACUCCGCCUUCUUCCUCAGCAGCAGCAGGAUCGACUACAAGAUGCCGGCGGGGCGGUUCGACGGGAGCGUGUCGCUCGAGAGCGAGGCGCUGCAGUUCCUCCCCCCGCCCUUCUUCAACCUCACGCAGCUCGUCGACAGCUUCAAGGCCAAGAACAUGAACGAGGACGACCUCGUGGUGCUCUCCGGCGCGCACACCAUCGGCGUGUCGCACUGCUCCUCUUUCACCGACCGCCUGCCCCCGAACCCCUCAGACAUGAACCCCGGCCUCACCAGGCUGCUGCAGAGCAAGUGCCCCGUCAGCCCCAACUUCACCAACGACCCCACGGUGGCGCAGGACAUCGUCACCCCCAACCGGAUGGACAACAUGUACUACACCAACCUGCUCAAGCGGAACGUGCUCUUCAUCUCCGACGCGGCCUGCCAGAAGAUGCCAUAGCGUGCCAUAGCGUGCUCAAGCGGAACGUACUUGAGGGAGAUUGGAUCAGAAGAUGCCAUAGCUCAAGGAAAGAUGCUUUAGGAGGUGAAGGAAGACCGCGGCCUGCCGCAAUCAGAUCAUCAAUCAUGCCGCCUAGCUGAUCCUUGUCCCGUUGUCCAAAGAGUGGGUGACAGUCCUGCUAGAAGGCCAGAAACUUAAGCACGGAGUCACAGGCAUACCGCAAAAGACCUACUCGAUAACCAUCCUAUUACGCAUGGUCCAUAAGGUCUAGGUCAUCACCUCAAAUCCUAACCAGAAGAGGCGUCUCUCCUACCGGUACGGUUAUCCCGAGCAUAAUUAUGAUAGUGCAUAAUUAUGAAAAACACAAUAAGCUAUAACAAUGUCAACUUGGACUGGGAAAGUAAAGAAUGGUUUGGCAUCAUCUAAAAUUUUGAAACGCCUCUUGAGAGAUCCAAAAGCCCUCUCUACCGUCACCCGUAGAGAUGAGUGCCUAAGGUUGAAUAGCUCCUUGUCAUUUUGGACCGGAUUGUUACCCCGCUCAUUCAAAUGGUACCUCACACCACGGAAAG